AUGAAGGCAAGCGCCUCAGGUGCGGUCGGAGACCGGGCAGGUGUCGGCAGCAGCGCCCGUUGUCGUGGCCUUAAAGUUUCUGAGCGUUGCGAGCGGGUCGAACAAAGACGACAAAAAGUUGAAGAAUAUCUAUCAAGAAAAAAGACUUUUUCUGGCCUGCCCAUUCAAGAAAACGAGGCAUCGAUCAGUAGCAAAACUAGGAGAACAACUAGCAAGAAACUACAAGACGAAAUACAGCUCUCAACAUCUCCAAAGUCAGGAAUGGAAAACAAAGAGAAUGCUCAUAAACUGUCACAGAAACAAUCAAGUGGAACCUCAGAAGAAAAUGUUAUUUUAAACUCUUCCACAAUCACACUAACAAAUUCCAUAUCGGGGGCAAACUAUAAUCCUGAAGAUCAUGCUUCCACAAAUGAAGUUACAGAAAUAAAAUCUCGGCAUGUGUCACUUAGCAAGUCCUUCUUGCAAAUGAAACGCAUAAAAGAGAAGCAAUUGAUUGCAGAAAAACAAAAUUCAAGUGUCAGCCAACCAAAGAAACCAGCGCUUGGUACAUAUCGUGGCAAAGUUAUCCAAUCCAAGAUAAACUCCUUUCGAAAGGCACCAAAAAGUGAAGGGGAAAAGAGUUCUUUGCCAGACAAACUUCCUUGUUCUGCCACCAAACCAGCAUCAAGUUCCCUGUCCACAAACAGCUGUAGUGUAGCUCUGAAGACCACCAAAGUCACAAACUACCUUAAUUCUGCAAAACAAAAUGGUGUCCUCCCACUCCAGAGCAAAUCAUCUAACAAAGCCACUAUUAACUCUCAGUCCAGUCUCAAGGAAAGGCAACCGCCGUCUGCUGUAGCACCAAAAAAAGUAACAGUCAAAAAAAUGGCUGGGGAAAGGGAACCACAGCCACCGAAGGCAGCUUCUAACAAGUCUGUCUGUAGAGCACAAGGAAUGAAGAAAUGUGCAGAGUUUUGUGAAGAUGCAAGACCAGAAGCUCCAGCAAAACAAAUUUCUGUUGUUCCUGGUACAAGGUUGGGACAGGAUUCUAAAAUUAAUGGCAACAGAAUAGCUGUGCCAAAAGAGUCAGCAGAAGAGAGAAGAGCUCGGCUGGAUGAAUGGAGAGCAUCUAGAGGAAAAGUGAUGAGGAGACCUCCUAUAUCUGUGCUUCUGGGACCCCAGUCUAAAAGUGAAGAAAAAGAAUUCUCUUCUGGUGAUUCUUUAGAGUAUGCACUACAUAGUGAAAAGGUCAACAAGACUCUCGCAGAAUGUCUGCAGUUAACCAAACAGGGACGUGAAGCCAAUGAAAUACGUGCUAUGUUGGAAGAUCUGACACGGAGCAUUCCUGGGGCUAAAAAGCUUGCAAAAUACUGGAUCUGCUGUAUGUGUCUUGAACAGAGAGGCCCUCUUGAAAAGCUUCUUGCUGUCUAUGAGGAGGCCAUUUUGGCAGGAGCAAUGCCUAAAGAUGAACUACGACACGCACUAAUAGACACUAUGAGAAACACUGAAAGCCUUUUCAAGUCUCAGGAUGAGGAAACUGUGACAGAAGCUCAUUUAAAUGAGGUAGUGGAAGUCAGCAAGGAAACAAACUCAUCUGUAGAGCAAGUUGAGGAGGCCUCCAAGGAUCUCUGCCCUGAUGACCAAAAAGCAGAGAGUGAUGACAGGCAGGCAGACACAAGCAGUGAAGUGAUCAAAAAAGAAGAAAUGGAUUUAGACUUGAAACCUAGAGAAGAGAUCUUGCCAAAAAAGAAUAAAAAGCGCAAGACUAAAGAACGUAUGAAAAAGAAAGGAAGAUGUGAAACAGAAGAACAGGCUGAGGAUGAGGUAAAAGAGACAGCCCAAGCAGUUAAUUCUCUUGAGGAGGAGAAUGACACAUCUUACCUAAUGAGAGACAACCCACCUACCACACCAUACUUGGAAUGUGUGAAGAUGUACUAUGAGGCAAAUAACUCCAGUGCUAAAGACCUGAAAAUUGUAACCCCUUUGCGAUAUUCUCAACGUAUUCGGGAGAAGACGUGCAAGCAGUCAGAUACUGUUAAAGAUCAAGAUCCACACAUGUCUCCAUUUGAACAGCUGGAACUGGAAUCAAAAGCCACUGCAUUUAUCCACAAUCAGAGCAAUGCACUCAAAGAAACAAGUGCUGAAUUAGAAGAGUAA